GUUCCACCGUGUAGCCUGUCGUAUGACGUGAACUUGUUACUAAUUAACUGAAUUGGAUAAAAUCAUAAUAAUUACGCUAAUUUUUGUCCGUCAUGCCUAUUACGACAACAAUAGUUAUCGCACACAUUAAUAUUUGAAUAUUAACAGUUAUUUGAAAAUGCAAAUAAAUGUUAAUUUUAGAAAUACAACUAGUGCCUCUAGUGGCUGAAUCAAGCACCGACUGCUACACCUCUGCCAUCCAGCUGAAUAUGGAGCUGUGGUCUGAGGGAGAAACUAUGAUUUUAUUGUCAUUGUUGGUUUAUUUUAUGUCCACGGUUAAAUGUUUUGAGAUGAAAACGAUAUAUUGCACAAUAUCGGAUAGUUGUGACUGUGACUUCAAACCGAACAUACAGGGUCUGGAGUGGGACCUUUAUAAAAAUGUAUAUGGGCAACAUCUGGCACAAGAUAUAGUCUCAGAGUCAGUAGCGAGGUUCCUGCAGAACGAGAACCCAGACAGACCAUUGGUGUUGUCAUUCCAUGGAGCAUCAGGGACUGGUAAAAGUAUGGUCAGCACAAUGCUGGGCCGCUACCUGUAUGGAACAGCCAUGGGAAGCACAUACAUCCAUCAGUAUGUUCCCACGCUGCACUUUCCCUUAGCUGACCGAGUGAGGCAAUAUAGGUCAGAACUGAAGCGCUGGGUGCUGGGUAACCUUACAGCCUGUGCUCGCUCAAUUUUUAUCUUUGAUGAGAUGGAGAAGAUGCCUCCAGGAGUGAUUGAUGUGCUUGAACCAUUCCUUGGACCUUCACAUGUUGUUUUCCAGACCAACUACCGCAAGGCCAUUUAUGUUUUUAUCAGCACUGUAGGUAAAGAAGUCAUUAAUAAAGUGGCACUGGAGAGCCGACAGGCAGAACGAGACCGAGAGGAAAUCCAGCCAGAGGAGCUGGAGGAGGCUAUUGCUGAUGCUGUGUACAACAAUAAGAAUAGCGGAUUCUACAAUUCCAAAAUCAUUUCAGAAAAGCGAAUAGCUCAUUUUGUGCCCUUCCUGCCCUUGCUACGGCGCCACGUGGAACGUUGUGCCCAGCGGGAGCUGUGCCAGCGGGGUGUGUGCCAGCGCAGAGAUGUGGCCACAGCAGUAGGGGGCGCCAUGUCAUACAUGCCACAGGUUGGCCAACACUUCUCAAGCACCGGGUGCAAACUAGUACCUGCCAAAGUCAAUCUUUUCCUCUGAGGACUGGGGCACAAUAUCUGUGGGUACACAUGAGCGUCGGGCCGAGGUUCCUCUCUGCUAGUCAGCAGGGCUGACAGUAACUGAUGUAAUGUGUGAACCAGACUAAAAAUCACACUUGGAGCUCUGCCUUAAAAGCUGAGUUUACUGUUGAGAGGGGAUCUUUGUAUCCUUAUACAGAUACAGGCUGAGACCUUGCUGGCAAGGUCCACCUCCAGGAAACAAGCAGGGUGUCCAGAGUUGCUCCGUAUGUCCUAAAUUACUGCACAGGUUUGGAGCACAUGGAGCGUUUUCAUCAGCAUGGGAGAUUAAGUCAGAAAGGCGUAAGCAACUUUGUGGCAUCAAGAUUUUAUCUGACUCAGUAUGAUCCUUUGAGUGUGUUUGGAAUGUUUACACAAUUUAUAAAUCGGGAAUCAUUUUUUGUGCAAAAGGUAGCUGAGGAAUGAAGUACUGUAUUCUAUGUCUUUACCAAUAGGUGGCAACAUUGUCAUAUUUGGACAGUCCAAAGACUUCAGUUGAAGGAAAUGUUUUUUGUUUGUUUGUUUGUUUGUUUGUUGUUUGUUUUUUGUGUUGUUGUUUUUUUUGAAUGAGCUUUUUUUUCUUGAUGUAUAAUUUAACUGUAAGGUGUGUAGGAAUCUUAUUUCAUAUAUCAUGUAUGUUUUGAUGUGUAGGAAGCUUGCCUUUGUUAAAGCACAUCUGGUUCAUUCAAUUUUAAAUUCAAAAUCUUUUGAAAUUACAUGCAUUAUUCUUUUCAGAGACAGAUUUUGAAAACUUGCAGCAUAGUCCAUCCACAGAGUCAAGUAUUCAGCUGGGGUGAUGGCUGCAUGACAUGAAGUGAAGAAGGGAAUUAUUUGCCUGAAAUAAAUUAAAAGACCCAUUUCAUUGUCAA